UCUUAGCCUGUCCCCUCCACCCAACACAGUCUCUCAGUCUCUUUCUCUCUCUAUCAAUCUCUCUAUCUCUCUCUAUCUCAACAGUUCAAGUCCAAAAGCCACCACCACAUUGGCUUUUUUUGCCUUUUGUUUUCUGUGCUUCCUAUGCAAUUGUCUAUGUCUGCUACUUCUGCUCCCUCUUCUCAGUACCUGCAAAUGGGGGAGGAAUCAUACUUUGAAUUCCUUGUUAUUAUUUGAUACCCUUUACUUCCUUUCUUUCUUUCUUCCUUUCAUUCUCAUCUUUUAGCUUUGUGUGGGUAUCCCUUUCUAAACAUGACCUUCUUGUUGUUUUCUAUUCAUCUUCUUGCAUUGCUCUCCUGUAUUUAACUUUUAUGGGUACCCUUCAAAAAAUAUGAGUUUCUUCCCAUGAUUUGACCUCAUUUCCAAUUUUCUAUGUUUUUCUCUUAGCUUUGUGGGUACCCUUCUUUUCCACUUGAUUACUCUCUUGCCCCUUGCUUUCAUUUCUUUUUUUUAAUUUCUUGAUAUUUUUGUGGUUGGUUAUGUGGUUGUACUUGUAUUUUUAAAAGUCCUUACUAAGAUAACAACACUGGAGUGGUGUUCAUGGAAAUUGAUCUGAAUCAUGCAGUGACUGAGGUGGAGAAGAAUGCAUUUUGUACUAAUGGGGACUCUUCCUCUUCUUCUUGUUCUUCUAAUUCAGCUCCAUCUCCAUUGCCUUCUUCAAUUUACUUGGAGCUUUGGCAUGCUUGUGCUGGUCCUCUUACUUUACUGCCCAAGAAAGGGAAUGUGGUUGUCUACUUUCCUCAAGGCCAUCUGGAACAGGUUGCCUCUUCAGCUCCUUUCUCUCCCAUGGAAAUGCCCACCUUUGAUCUCCAGCCACAAAUCUUUUGCAAAGUUGUAAAUGUGCAACUCCUUGCUAAUAAAGAGAAUGAUGAGGUCUACACUCAGCUCACUUUGCUUCCUCAACCGCAGCUUGUAGGACAGGAUUUAGAGGGCAAAGAGCUUGAAGAAUUAGUUGUGGAUGAAGAAGGUGGAGGCAGAUUACCAGCAAAAUCAACCCCUCAUAUGUUUUGCAAAACACUCACAGCUUCUGAUACUAGCACCCAUGGAGGAUUCUCUGUUCCUCGUAGAGCUGCUGAAGACUGUUUCCCUCCUCUGGAUUACAAACAGCAGAGGCCCUCUCAAGAGCUUGUGGCCAAAGACCUGCAUGGAGUGGAGUGGAGAUUUCGACAUAUAUACAGAGGCCAACCCAGAAGGCAUCUGCUUACUACAGGGUGGAGUAUUUUUGUGAGUCAAAAGAAUCUAGUUUCAGGGGAUGCUGUGCUAUUUCUGAGGGGUGAAGAUGGGGAGCUGAGGUUGGGGAUUAGAAGAGCUGUUCGACCAAGAAAUGGUCUUCCUGAUUCAGUUAUUGGCAAGCAGAAUUCAUAUCCCAGUGUUCUUUCUGUGGUGGCUAAUGCAAUGUCCACUAACAGCAUGUUUAAUGUUCUGUACAGUCCAAGGGCCAGUCAUGCAGAGUUUGUUGUACCCUACAAAAAGUAUAUGAAAAGCAUCAUGAAUCCAGUGUGCAUUGGAACAAGAUUCAAAAUGAGAUUUGAAAUGGAUGAUUCUCCAGAAAGAAGAUGUAGCGGUGUUGUCACUGGAAUAAGUGACUUGGAUCCGUAUAGAUGGCCUAACUCAAAAUGGAGGUGCUUAAUGGUGAGGUGGGAUGAAGAUAUUGUUAGUGAUCAUCAAGAUCGAGUUUCACCAUGGGAGAUUGAUCCUUCUGUUUCACUCCCACCAUUGAGCAUUCAAUCUUCCCCAAGGCUGAAGAAACUGCGGACUGGUCUGUCAGCAACCCCACCUGAUAACCCCAUAACUGGAGGGGGUGGGUUUUUAGACUUUGAGGAGUCUGGAAGAUCCUCUAAGGUCUUGCAAGGUCAAGAAAAUGUAGGUUUUGCGUCACCAUUGUAUGGACGUGACACGUUAAACCGCCCACCGGAUUUUGGAAUGCAAAAUAUGGCACAUCAAAAUCUUGUGUCAACUGGAAGAGAAAAGGCUGAUAUUGGCGAGAUAACAAGGGCUCGCUCAACCACUUACACAGGCUUUGCGGAAUCUGAUAGAUUUCCGAAGGUCUUGCAAGGUCAAGAAAUAUGCCCACUGAGAUCACUGACCGGAAAAAGUGAUCUCAACCUAAGUGCUUGGUGCAGACCCAAUCUUGGAUGUGGUCCUUUCAACACAUAUCAAGCACCAAGACCCAGUUUUUAUCCACUAGCAGCAGAAAGCCUUCAAAAGAUGUAUAUUACUUAUGGUGAUCUGCAUAAAACUGGCCAAGAUCCUAGAAUGAGCUCUUACGCUACUAAAUUCCCAAGAGAAAAACUACCAUUUGAUGCAUCUUCUGUUCAGACUGGUGCUGCUAGGGAUGUAGUUGGAAAGCCGAAUCAAUCAAGUGAGCACAAGUCACAGGAGAUUAUUUCUGCAUCACCAGGUUUAGGAGCAAAUCUAAUAAAUCAAAAAGAGAACUCUUUUAAUGGGACUGCUAGUGGCUGCAAGCUGUUCGGGUUCUCGUUGACUGCCGAUUCACCUACUCCAAACUCGCAAAACUCUGGUAAGCGGAGUUGUACAAAGGUUCAUAAGCAAGGCAGCUUGGUUGGAAGAGCUAUUGAUCUCUCAAGACUUAAUGGCUAUGGUGACCUGUUGAAUGAACUAGAGCGACUCUUUAGCAUGGAAGGCUUUCUACGAGAUCAUAACAAGGGAUGGCGGAUCUUGUAUACUGACAGUGAGAAUGAUGUAAUGGUUGUCGGGGAUGACCCAUGGCAUGAGUUCUGUAAUGUGGUAUCCAAGAUCCAUAUAUAUACCCAAGAAGAAGUGGAGAAGAUGAGCAUUGGAGUGAUUGGUGAUGAUACUCAAAGCUGUUUAGAUCAAGCUCCUGUUGUAUUGGAAGCUUCUAAGUCUUCAUCAGUGGGACAGCCAGAUUCUUCUCCACAGUAGUAAGGCUUUGAAAUACGUAUUUGGUUUGAGUACUAUGCUUGCUGUGCUUAUGCAACUUGCUAUCAAAACUGGAACCUAGUUAUGUAUCUUUGUUUCGUUCGAAUUCUAAGUUCAAUGAUUGUCUCUGUCAAUGGAACAUGUGGAUGUUCAGAAGCUACUGUGCCUUUCAUGGCCUUGGAUAAUAACUGAAGUUUGUCAAACUGUUUGUUUAAA